AAAUGGCCAUUGCGCAGUUGCGACAUCAUUAACAAACAAAAAAGAAAAUUGUUGCGCAAAGUGAUAAAAAGACGACGCCCGCACCAUCCAUCCAUCCAUCCAUCCAGAAAAUAUUCGUCCGAUUGUUUCCGCAUUGUCUGGUUGGUUUCUUGGCUUUCGAAGGUGUUGGUGGAGUUUGGUGUGUGUGACGACAGUGAGGGAUGACGGACGAAUCGGCGGGGCGUCGAAUCAAUCCGUUUUUCAUCCACGGCGGCGGAACAACAACAACAACAACCUGCAACCACCAGGAUUUUACUGGAGACAGCAGCGAUGAUGAUCCUUGGAAGACAGCCGGAAUGCCCGGAAUGAUCCUCAGUCGCAAUUGCAGCGUGAAAGCCAACGGGGUCCCGUCGAUGACGGGCGGUGCUGGAAUGGUGGACGUUAAUGUCCGUCAACGCAACGCUGUCGGAAUCAUCAAAUGGAUAAGAAAAGAAAAGAAGAAAAAGAAGAAUAAUAAGAAGAAGACGCUCAGGUAUGGAGGAGGACGCCCUACUGCCGGCGCCCACCUGCGCGAUUUUAUGCACGCCACGUCCAUGCACGGCCUGAAAUACGCGGCCGAAAAAGAGGCCACCUGGAUCGAAAGGUUCCUCUGGAUUGCUCUCUUCCUGGCCUGCUUCUGCACAGCUGUCUUCUUCAUUAUGCGCAUGUGGUCCAAAUGGGUUUCCUCGCCCGUCAUCAUCUCGGUGGAGUCGACGGAUUUCCCUAAUUCCAUGAUCAGUUUCCCAACCGUUUCCGUCUGCAACGUCAAUCAAGUCUCCAACGCCAUCGUCCUAGCAUUGAUCAAAUCAAACAGGAUCUACCGGGAGGCCAAUAUGAGUCGAGAGAAUUUACUCGAUCUGCUGGGUGGUCUGAUGAGGGGAGGCGUUCCCGAUAGCGGCGAAGAUUACAUCACGCAAUUGGAGGAUAGCAUCCACCUGGGCGAUUUGACGUCGGCCAACUUGACCUUCUUCAUGCGUAACGUGGCCCAGCCGUGCUCGCAGAUGCUCCUCUAUUGCGAAUGGCAGAGCAAGCCGGUCAAUUGCUCCGAUAUUUUCCAGCUGGUACCGUCCAAUCAGGGCUUCUGUUGCGUCUACAAUCUCCAGACGGUCCACCUCAACAGGAAAAGGAACAGAGCCGUUCCAGCCGGCCAACAGCCCGUCAAGGCUCACGGAGAAGGCGUCCAAAUGGGUCUGACUGUUUUACUCGACGCCCAAAUCGACGACUACGCGCUGACUUCUUCCUUCUUUCACGGAUUCAAGGUGUUAAUCCACCAUCCGGAAGACCAGCCUGAUCCGUCGACCAAGGGCUUCGCAGUUUCGCCCGGAAGUGAGGUGUUUAUCGGCGUGUCAGCUUCGUCGAUUUUCAGCACGGAUGACGUCCGGCUCUUGACUCCGGCCGCUAGGAAUUGCCGCUACAGUUACGAGAAUCACCUGAAUUACUUUUCCCGCUACAGCCAGUCGAAUUGCUUGAUGGAACGCAUGGCCAGAUCCAUCACACGUCAAUGCGGUUGUCUCCCAUUCUACUUUCUGGUCGGCGACGAAGCGACACCCACCUGCCGUUUCAAAAAGAAAUCAUGCGUCCAGUCAGCCUUCCAUGAUUUCUAUCAGAAGGAUGUCAAUUGCCCGGUGAAUUGUAACACGACCUCCUACACGGCGGACAUUUCCCGCGGUCAUUUCCCCAAUCGAGACUUUCGCGCCUCUCGAAUGGCUCGUAACACCAAGGCGCUAAUCAACGAUACUUACCUACAAAACAACGUGGCCCUGUUGCACGUCUUCUUCCGCGACCGAAGCGGAAUCCAAUACCGGCGUGACGUUCGUUACGAAUGGCAGGAUUUCGUUUCCGCCGUUGGAGGUUUACUGGGACUUGGAGUGGGUUUCAGCCUCCUUAGCUUGAUGGAGAUCCUCUACUUUUGUGGUUUGCGAUCCUGUCUACGUAGGAAUCGCGCUAUUCCAGCACCGGCACCAUUUCAUCCUUUCAAUCAUAUCGAAUUUGAUAUUAACAAACGUCUGGCGCGCCACAUACGCCUCAAUAUGUGAAUAUUUACAAUACCUGUCAAUGGGAAGAUGUUUUUUUUAGCUGCUUAGCCACGAGUCAAUCAACGAAUGGGCCAGGGUGCCACGGGGUGGAAC